AUGCCCUUAAAGAGCGAUCCGAGUUACGAGACGCUAUCAUACGUUUGGGGCGAUCAGUCGAAUACUCGCCAAAUCACUUGCGAUGGGUCACCCCGAACCAUUACCGAAAGUCUUUACCUUGCACUCUCGCGGCUACGUUUGCGCGACAGACCAAGGACAGUGUGGAUUGACCAACUCUGCAUCGACCAGACCAACGACGUCGAAAAGUCUCCCCAAGUCAGCGUUAUGCGUGAUAUUUACAGAAAGGCAUCGCGCGGACUGAUCUGGCUCGGCGAGCUUCCGGUAGAAGAGCAGACAGGCUUCCCGGAGACUCAUGUAGCCCUCGUUUUCCAGUGCUUGACGGAAAUGAUCACCGAUUUGCCCAAUGCCGGAUCAUCGGCCGAGGGGGUGCCGCCUCGGGAUCUCGGCGAAGUCAUCCUUGCACUUAUGGGCUCUCAAUGGGCGAAAUGGCAGGGCAUCAAAUAG